CCCUCGGAGGGGAGAGCCCACUGACCGACCGACUGUCUGUGUGUGUGUGUGUGUGUGUGUGUGUGCCGGGUUGCAGUUGAACCACUCAGCCGUCCGGACGUUUGAGGUGGGCGGAGACAGAAAGCCCGAGGAAGUCCUCCCGUCUGCAGCGACCGACGCACAGUGCAUUUCGGACUCGGCACCCGCACCCGUCCGAGGAGGGGAGACAUCAUGGCAACGACAACUUGUACGCGUUUUACAGAUGAAUACCAGCUGUACGAGGAGCUUGGCAAGGGGGCCUUUUCAGUCGUGCGCCGCUGUGUCAAGCUCUGCACAGGCCAAGAGUACGCCGCCAAAAUCAUCAACACCAAAAAGCUCUCGGCCAGAGACCAUCAGAAGCUGGAGAGGGAAGCCAGGAUCUGCAGAUUGCUCAAGCACUCCAACAUCGUUCGUCUCCAUGACAGUAUCUCAGAGGAAGGCUUCCACUACCUCCUCUUUGACCUGGUGCACAGGAGGGGGCUGUCGUGAAACAUGUGGGCUAGAGAGUACUACAGUGAAGAGAUCCAGUCACUGUAUCCAUCAGAUUCUAGACAGUGUGUCUUACACCCACCAACAUGACAUAGUGCACAGGGACCUCAAGCCGGAGAACCUGCUGCUGGCCAGCAAGUGUAAGAACGCAGCAGUGAAGCUGGCUGACUUUGGACUCGCCAUCGAGGUUCAAGGGGAGCAGCAGGCUUGGUUUGGCUUCGCGGGGACCCCCGGCUACUUGUCCCCAGAGGUGCUGAGGAAGGAGGCGUACGGCAAACCUGUCGACAUCUGGGCCUGCGGUGUGAUCCUCUACAUCCUUCUGGUCGGGUACCCUCCGUUCUGGGACGAGGACCAGCACAAACUCUACCAGCAGAUCAAAGCCGGAGCGUACGACUUUCCCUCCCCAGAGUGGGACACGGUGACUCCGGAGGCUAAAAAUCUGAUCAACCAGAUGCUGACUAUCAACCCAGCCAAGAGGAUCACCGCCCAGGAGGCUCUGAAGCACCCAUGGGUCUGCCAACGCUCCACCGUGGCCUCCAUGAUGCACAGACAGGAGACCGUCGAGUGCCUGAAGAAGUUCAACGCCAGGAGGAAACUCAAGGGUGCCAUUUUGACCACCAUGCUCGUCUCCAGGAACUUCUCUGUGGGACGGCAGACCACCGCGCCGGCGUCCGUCAGCGCCGUGGCUGGAACCACCGCCGGCAUCGUAGAGCAAGCAGCCAAGAGUCUCCUCAACAAGAAGGCUGAUGUCAAGCCGCAGACCAACAGCACGAGAAACAGCACCGUCACCAGUCCCAAAGGACACGUCUCCGCUGCGCUGGAGCCUCAGACUACUGUUAUCCAUAAUCCAAUAGAUCGGACCAAGGGAUCAUCUGACAGCAGCACCACCAUUGAGGAUGAAGAUGUGAAAGCUCGCAAACAGGAGAUCAUAAAGAUCACGGAGCAGCUGAUCGAAGCCGUCAACAACGGGGACUUUGAGGCGUACGCGAAGAUCUGCGACCCCGGCCUGACCUCGUUUGAGCCGGAGGGGCUGGGUAAUCUGGUGGAGGGAAUGGACUUCCACCGGUUCUACUUUGACAAUCUCCUCUCCAAGAACAGCAAACCCAUCCACACCACCAUCCUCAACCCUCACGUGCACAUGAUCGGGGACGACGCCGCCUGCAUCGCCUACAUCCGCCUGACGCAGUUCGUGGACCUGCAGGGCCAUCCCCGCUCCAGCCAAUCAGAGGAGACCAGAGUCUGGCACCGCAGGGAGAGCCGGUGGCAAAACGUCCACUUCCACUGCUCUGGAGCCCCCGCUGCCCCGCAGCAGGGAUGAGGUCUACGAGUCUGAAGAGGAGGCCGAGAGGAGCAGAGGAGGGAUCCUGGAUAAAAUCAGAGGGAGCAGCGAGGAGAGGGAGGUGCAGGCGGAUGUAGAUGCGGGGGGGGGGGCUGAAAGGAGUCUGAAGAGAUUUCUGGGAUCGUCGUUGUCCUCCUGCGCUCUUCUCUCUCACCGACGCUCCCAUGAUUAACCCCACUCUACAGCAGUGGGCACAUCAGCCCGGAAAAAAACAAAAAAAUAACUCUUUAGCCUGUCCUGCGUGGCACUCUCACUCUCUUAUUGUUACUUAUCUUCUACUAUUAUUACGCCUGCUGUCUAAUUGUUGUGCUCUUACAUCUGUAAAGUAUAUUUAUCAGUCAUUUUACACCUUCUGGUAUCUACUUCUUUAUGUAUAUAUAUAUAUAUAUAUAUAUAUAUAUAAUAUAUGUAUGACGAGCAUGACUCCUACGUGUGUUCUUAUAAGCGGGGGCUGUUUUUCUGCACGACUACAGGCUGCCGCUGUGUGAAUUGAACAAACUGAACCACGUGUCUCACAGAAUGAGACCAGUGGGUGUAUUUAAUUAUCCGUUUUGUUUUGUCUUCAAUGGAGCUCUUUCCCUCCCCCCCCCCACAUCCUUCCUCUGGAGUGUAGUUUGACCCUGAACCGCGUCCCCCCCCCCCGAGCCCCCGCCGCUCUGUGAAAACCACGCAGCAUGCCAAAAUCUCACUGUCGUUCUGUAUGGAUUCUCCGAGAUAAGCUACUGAAGUUAUGACAAUGGUUGAAAAUAUAGUGUCACGCUGUUUAUGUGAACUUCCAGUUUCAUCGUGGUGACGUGACUAUAGUUAUGCUGUAGACGGUGUUUUAUUGCAUGAUUUUCCGAGUUAAUAACAUUGGUACGUUGGGUGUUAUCGUGCAUUUUGUGUUCUUUUUUGAACUGAACUGCUGGCAAGCUAUAAUCUAUUGCCUCUACUUUCUGGGCUUUGUAAGUGCAUAAACUAUUAUUUGUGUUCCUAUGAUAUGAUAGCGUAGUUUAUGAGGAUACUGGUGCGGAUCAUGACAGAAUAUGCCUUUUAAAAGAAUUUGCUGGAUCCAGAUCAGCUUUA